AGCGAGAGCGUGGGUGUUAGCAAAAAGAACGGAGAUUCGUUUUCGUGUUUGCAAAGAGCGAGGCGUGCUCUGCUCUGCCGAGAUACGAAGAGGAAGGCACUGCCUGAGGAUGAAGAUGCAGUUUCUAGCUGGAUAAAGUGCCUUUGCUGAAGCGUUGCACAUGCUGGAAUUGCCCGACCCCCUGAUGUAUCCCGGGAUGGCAACUAGGUGACGACAGUUGAGGAUGACCCUGACUGAAAAACUGCGCGAGAGGAUAUCGCGGGCGUUCUACAACCACGGGCUGUUGUGUGCUUCCUACCCCAUUCCCAUCAUCCUCUUUACUGGACUCUGUAUUCUGGCCUGCUGUUACCCGCUGCUGAAGCUGCCACUGCCUGGAACAGGACCUGUGGAGUACAGCACCUCCAUCAAGGAUUACUCUCCACCCUCUCCGGACGCGGGUCUGCAGCAAGGGGAUCUCAGCGAGCGUCCCGACUGGUAUGUUGGUGCUCCUGUGGCCUACAUUCAGCAGAUCUUUGUGAAGGCUACCGUGUCCCCAUGGCAGAAGAACUUCCUUGCUGUCGAUGUGUUUCGCUCACCGCUGUCCCGCGUCUUCCAGCUAGUGGAGGAGAUUAGAAACCAUGCCCUGAGAGACAGUUCUGGUGUCAAAAGCUUGGAGGAAGUUUGCCUUCAGGUAACAGAUCUUCUGCCUGGCCUCAAGAAGCUGCGGAAUCUGCUCCCCGAACAUGGCUGUCUGUUACUGUCUCCAGGGAACUUCUGGCAGAACGACCGAGAGCGAUUCAAUGCUGACCCAGAUAUCAUCAAAACCAUCCACCAGCAUGAACCAAAGACAUUACACACAUCAGCUACUCUCAAAGAUCUGUUGUUUGGACUCCCUGGGAAGUACAGCGGGGUGAACCUCUACAACAGGAAGCGAGUGGUGUCAUACACUGUCACACUGGGUCUCCAGCGAUAUGAUUCCAGGUUCCUCAGCAGCCUCCGCUCUCGCCUCAAGCUGCUGCAUCCCAGCCCUAACUGCACGCUGCGAGAGGAGAACAUCGUUCAUGUCCACUUCAAGGAAGAGAUUGGCAUUGCGGAGCUGAUACCCCUCGUCACCACCUACAUUAUACUCUUCGCUUACAUCUACUUCUCCACACGGAAGAUUGACAUGGUGAAAUCAAAAUGGGGUCUGGCACUGGCAGCGGUCGUGACGGUGCUCAGCUCUCUGCUCAUGUCUGUUGGGCUGUGCACACUAUUUGGUUUGACGCCUACUCUUAAUGGAGGAGAAAUAUUUCCCUACUUGGUUGUGGUGAUUGGCCUGGAGAACGUGUUGGUUCUCACCAAGUCAGUUGUCUCCACGCCCGUUGACCUGGAAGUGAAGCUACGCAUUGCCCAAGGCUUGAGCAACGAGAGCUGGUCUAUUAUGAAGAAUAUGGCGACAGAGCUUGGGAUCAUCUUGAUCGGGUAUUUCACCCUUGUCCCAGCCAUCCAGGAGUUCUGCCUCUUCGCUGUGGUCGGCCUGGUCUCUGACUUCUUUCUGCAGAUGUUUUUCUUCACUACUGUGCUGUCCAUUGACAUUCGCCGUAUGGAGCUCGCUGAUCUGAACAAACGGUUGCCAGCAGAAGCCUGCAUGCCCCCAGCGAAGCCUGUCAGCCGCUCUCAGCGCUACGAACGCCAGCCUGCUAUGCGACCUGCCACCCCCCACACCAUCACCCUGCAGCCAUCGUCUUUCAGGAAUCUGCGCCUGCCAAAGAGGCUGCGGGUGAUCUACUUCUUCGCCAGGACCCGGCUGGCCCAGAGACUCAUCAUGGCUGGGACGGUGAUCUGGAUUGGAAUCCUGGUUUACACGGAUCCUGCUGGUCUCCGCACCUACCUCACGUCACAGGUCACUGAACAAAGUCCUUUGGGUGAAGCAGGUCUGCCUCCUAUGCCUGUUCCUGGAGGGGUCCUACCUGCUGGGGACCCCAAGAUUGAUCUCUCAGUCUUCCCAUCGGACCCUAUACAGCUGUCAGAAAACCAGACGCAGCAGCGUGAGCAGAAGUCAGGGCUGGAGUCCCUGAGCGGGCUGGAGCCAAACCAGCACACUUGGGCCCACGGACCAGAGGGCAAAGGGAAUGGACAGAUGGAGCUUGGAGCUGAAGCAGAGGUUACCUGGGGAGCAGAGGAUGAGGAGAUUUGGAGGAAGCUUUCCUUCAGACACUGGCCAUCCCUCUUCAGCUACUACAAUAUCACUCUGGCCAAAAGAUACAUCAGCAUCCUUCCAGCAAUCCCUGUCACGCUGUACCUGAACCCACAAGAGGCCUUAGAAGUGCGGCAUCCCCAGGAGGCUAACCGCUACCACCCCUUCUUAUCGUCAAGCGGUGGGAAGCUGGAUGCUGAAGCUCAACCUGACCAAGCCUCGUCCAAGCUGCAAGGGCACCAGGAUGUCACCCUUUACAAGGUGGCUGCUCUGGGUCUGGCCUCGGGCAUUAUCCUGGUCCUCCUGCUCUUCUGCCUGUACAGGGUGUUCUGCCCCAAGAACUACGGGCAGAACGGGCUCUCUCACAGCAGGAGGAAGAGGGGGGACCUGCCCUGCGACGAUUACGGCUACUCCCCACCUGAGACUGAGAUCGUCCCCUUGGUUCUCAGGGGUCACCUCAUGGACAUCGAAUGUCUGGCCAGCGAUGGGAUGUUGCUCGUCAGCUGCUGCCUGGUGGGCCAGAUCCGUGUGUGGGACGCUCAGACUGGCGACUGCCUCACCGUUAUUCCCAAACCGAGGUUGCGAAGAGACAGCAGUGGCAUCUUUGAUUACCAGGAAAGCUGGGAUCAUAGCCCAGAUGGCAAGAAUGGUCUGGACGACUCUUUUGAGAAUGGUCACCAGUUCAAAAGGAUGCUCAGCCCUCCCCAGCCUCCGCUUUUCUGCGACCAGCCAGAUCUCACCUCUCUCAUUGACACCAACUUCUCCGAGCAGGUGAAGGUGGCCGAGUCAGAGACGCGGCUCCGUGCCGUGGGCAGUCGCCAGAAGGAGACCGGCUACGAUUUCAGCAGCCUGGUUGGUAAAGUGUACGAAGAGCACGGCACCUCCAACUGCAUGAACUUCACUGGCCUCUCCGCCCCGCACGGGCAGGCUGGCUUCUGCGCGGGGAGCGGCAGCCCCCGCUCCCUGGGCUGCGGGACCAAGGAAGGAGGCUGCAGCAGCCGCAGAAGGAGCCUGGGGGACGAGUCUUUUACGGGAUUUGACAAAUCGGCACCGCUUCCUUCCUGGGGAGGAGACUUGGAGAGCUCUGUCUGGAGCCUGGACCUGCAAGGGAACCUGAUUGUGGCUGGCCGGAGUAACGGGAAGCUGGAGGUUUGGGAUGCUAUCGAGGGGACCCUCCGUAGCAGUAAUGAUGAAGGUCAAUCUGGCAUCACGGCGCUCGUCUUCCUGAACAACAGGAUUGUCGCUGCCCGGUUGAACGGCUCUUUGGAUUUCUUUUCGCUGGAGACACACACGUCCUUGAACCACCUGCAGUUCCGAGGAGCCCCGAGCAGAAGCAGCAUCCCGUCCUCCCCCGUGUUCAGCAGCAGCGACAUCAUCGUGUGUCAGCUCACCCACACCGUGUCCUGCGCCCACCAGAAGCCGAUCACGGCGCUGAAGGCUGCGGCGGGACGGCUGGUCACCGGCAGCCAGGACCACACUCUGAGAGUGUUUCGGCUGGAAGACUCGUGCUGUCUGUUCACGCUGCAGGGCCACUCAGGAGCAAUCACAGCCGUGUACAUCGAUCAGACGAUGGUGCUAGCGAGCGGCGGCCAGGACGGUGCCAUCUGCCUUUGGGAUGUGCUGACGGGGAGCAAGGUCAGCCACAUGUACGCCCACCGGGGGGACGUCACCUCCCUCACCUGCACAACCUCCUGCGUCAUCAGCAGCGGCUUGGACGACGUGAUCAGCAUCUGGGACCGCAGCUCGGGGAUCAAGCUCUAUUCUAUCCAGCAGGUUGGUAGCUGGGGAGCAGCCAGGGGAAGCUUGAGGGGGAUUCUGUGCUUUUCUGGACCCCACCAAACCCCGCUGCCCACCUGUGCUGGGCUGGUGGCACGAAGGGGCCUCCACUUCAGCUCUGCUUAG